AUGCCGGAGUCACCGGCGGGGCAGCGUUUCGCCGGCCUCCGCGGCGCCCGGUGGCGCGCCGAUCUCGGCGUCCUCCCCGGCUCCCCCGAUGUCCCCACCAACGAGCUCCGCCGCGCCGCCGCCGACUCCCGCCGCAGAUAUGCGAAUUUGCGGCGGCGGCUGUUGAUUGAUCCCCAUAUAUCCAAGGAUGAAGAAGGUGGCCAUGAUCUUGUUGUCGAGAACCCACUGUCACAGAACCCAGAAAGCACUUGGGGUCAAUAUUUCAGGAACGCAGAACUAGAGAAAAUGCUGAACCAAGAUCUGUCCCGACUCUAUCCUGAAUUGGGAGAAUUCUUCCAUACAGCCACAUGUCAGUCCAUGCUUGAACGUAUACUGUUAGUAUGGAGCCUCAGGUACCCAGAAUUUGGAUAUAAACAAGGAAUGCAUGAACUUUUAGCUCCUUUGUUCUAUGUCCUUCACAUUGAUGUGCAGCACUUCAAACAAGUCAGGGAGCUUCAUGAAGAGUUAUUUGGUGAUGAUUUUGUUGGCCAAACAUUUCCAGAUAGGCCAAAGCUGAACAGGGGUGAGAGGAAAAACGCUUUUGAGGGCAGUGCAGCUAAAAUUAGAAGUUUGGACGAUCUUGAUCCUGACACCAGGGACCUCCUCUUGAUAAAUGAUGCAUAUGGAGCAGAGGGUGAGCUGGGUAUUAUUUUAUCAGAAAAGUUUAUGGAACAUGAUGCCUAUUGUAUGUUUGAGAAUUUGAUGAACGGUUUGGUGAAUGGUGAGCAAGGUGUAGUUGCUAUCACUGACUUCUAUUCUCUCAGUCCUGCACCAGAAUCAAGCGCGGGUUUAACACCUGUAAGGGAGGCAUCGUCCGCAAUAUAUCACUUGCUUGCUAGUGUGGAUUCCUCUCUUCACAGUCAUCUCGUGGAGUUGGGAGUAGAACCUCAGUACUUUGCCCUACGAUGGCUCCGAGUCCUAUUUGGCCGCGAAUUUUCACUUGACAAUCUUCUGUUUAUUUGGGAUGAGAUAUUCUCUUCCCCUAACGAUUCAUACUGUACAGAGAUAAAGAGCCGAGGACACUAUCAGUUUAAAGUUUUAUGUUCUUCGCGUGGUGCCCUGAUUUUGUCAAUGGCAGUCUCUAUGAUGCUUCAUCUCAGAUCCUCCUUGCUAGGAAGUGAACAUGCGACUUCUUGCCUGGUGAGACUGUUGAAUUUUCCUGAUGACAUCGACCUAAAGAACUUGAUUGAGAAAGCCAAGCUACUUCAAUCUUUUGCUUUAGAACGAAAUCUUCCUACAUCUCUCACAGGAAAAUCUCCAUUGACUCCACCAAACUAUUGGGAAGAGACAUGGAAGACGCUGCAGAUGUCAGUAGACAAAACAAGUGGUGGUCCAAUUGCUAGGAUGAAGGGCAGGGGAUUGCUAAGGAGGUCUAACACGGAAUCAAAUGUUUCCAGAACCAAGGAUGCUAAAUCUGGAAACAGUAUUUUGACUUCAACUAGUCAGUCUAUUGUUGAUGUACCUCACAACGCCGAUAUAGUUCCGGACAAUUUGGUAAACAGUUUGUCACCCAUGCCUAUUGAACACCAAAAGGAUCGUGUUAAUCAAGGUACUGAGAUCAUUAGGAGUACCUCAAACAGUCUAUGCGAGGUAGGUGCAAUUGAUGGCUCCUCUUCGGCUGGAAUGAAGAACCGUGAAGCUCGUGAGUACAUAGCCAGGAGUAGGAAGACAUCUUUCCGGCGUCGUACUGAUCAUGGCCAUGAUACCCGUCAUACAGAAGAACCAUGUGUUUCCCAUGAUGUAAAGGUGGUUAAUGAGCCUGAUCCACUCUCUGUGCAAAAUUGUAAGAUUGAUGAACCUGGUCAGACAAAUGGUAAGAUUGAUGAAGUAUCAAUUACAAAUAAAACAUCUGAAUCGGUGGAUUAUCAGCCAACUCCGGAGCGUAGUUUAAGUUUUGAUGCAGGCCCAAGUUUGAAUGUGGUUGAUAAAGAGUUAAUUGGAACGUUAAGGUCUUUUGGCGACUCAAUGGUUGAAAAUAUUCAGGUCAUUGAAUUGUUUUUUCAACCAAAUUUACGAUUGGCCUCAGAGGCUGGAAGCACAGAGCAAGCGAAGGCGCUAGCAGCUCUCGAAGAACUCAGGAAGAUCAGUGAUCGUUUACGUCGUAUCUAACUAGUGUGGAUUUUAACUAGGAGCACAGCAUGAUCACAUUUACAUAUGCGUUCCAGUUAGCCCUUUUGUACACAUAACACUUACAUUUGACAAGAUAUCAAAAUCCUUCUGAUGACUUGUAUGAGUGCUCAGCUGGUGUAAUGUGCACUCAACCAAUAGUGCACUGAUGCAAAAUAGUUUGUACAUGGUCCAUGUAACGUGAUAAAAAGUCCUAACUCCAUGUCUGGGCACAUAUGGCUGUAAAUAAGUGAGCUGGACCCUAUUCUCUAUUGUUGCCCACUUUGUUUGGGCGCCUAAGCAAUAAUGGAUUUGUGAAGUUUCCUGUUACUAUC